CCCUCUCGUUUCCCACAGAAUAUACCUCCUCUCUUCUUUCUCGUACAUGACCCAACAAACUAAUCAAACUCUUCCGGCAGAUAUGAAGGAAGCACAUGAGCCUGCAGCCAAGUACAGAGGCGUACGCAAGCGAAAAUGGGGAAAAUGGGUGUCCGAAAUCCGGGAGCCGGGAAAGAAAACCCGGAUAUGGCUAGGAAGCUACGAGGCCCCAGAAAUGGCAGCCGCGGCCUAUGAUGCGGCGGCAUUACACCUCAGAGGACCAGGGGUGUUGCUUAACUUUCCUGAAAUGGUUGAUAGUCUUCCAAGGCCAGCGAGUUCGAGUCCCUCGGACGUGCAGUUGGCGGCUCAAGAGGCGGCAAUGAGGUUAAAGACACUGCCAAUGGGUUCGGUUUCGACGGAAGUGGCUGGUGGUUCGAGUGGUGGCGCGGCACCGGUGACAGUGGGAUUGUCGCCGAGUCAAAUUCAGGCGAUAAAUGAGUCGCCAUUGGACUCGCCUAAGAUGUGGAUGCAGUACGUGUACAUGUCUGAUAGUGAUGAGGCUUUGUUUUUUGAGGACUUGUCGUCGUCUAUGGGUUUCUUUGAUGAUCAUGACAAUGUUCUGCAGCAUCAAUAUUCCAUCUGGGAUUCUUAGUUUGGUACUUUUCAUAUACUAUAUAAAUGAUGAUAUAAUAAAUAAUUAGCAGUUAACUAGGGA